AAACCAUGAACUACUUGCCAACUCUCAUAGUAGUUGGAGUGGCUCUAAUAGGCACUACAUCAGCAGCAUGUACUGAAGCAGGUGCUUCGCUGACACUAAACACCAAUGCUGGUGAAAAAUGUCUCUGCGAUUCGCUUUACAGUGAUGCAACUUGCUUUACGCAAGUAGCGUCGGAGGUCUAUGAUGGCUGUGCUGAUAUCACGGGCUCGGUUGAUAAUCCAAAUGAUGUCACUCUAACUCAAGACCACACCACUCUGAACACUCUCGUUAAUGACGAAAGUGUUCAAUGGACUGUCAAUUGGCCGGCUGGUCUCAAUCGUGAAUUCACAUCCUUCAGCGUGGGUACCUGUACUCUAGGCGCGAACUUGGAGAUAUUCACCCAAACUAGUGUAGACUCCGGAUGCACCGAUCGCAUGGUGUUCGAGAUGAAAAUUACCUCGCUUCGAGCUGAUUGCGGGUUUGAUUACGCCCUGUCUGAUGAUGUCGAUGAAAUGGACGUGCGCUAUGCAGACUAUUCGUCGAAUAUCGUUUUCGAAUACACCGAACCCACAGACGUUGGUGGGGACACAGUAGCUCGUAGUGGUAUGGUGACCAUCCCGACAAGCAUUCUUGUUUUGAGCAGGGUUGCCGCCACAACAGCCGAGGUCAAAGUGUAUUCGCCAUUUGCAAUCGAUACUGCCCUUACAGCUCAGGCAAUCAACACAGGAGCUUCAGCUUCCUACUUAACUCUCUCGUAUGCUCUUAGCACCCCAUACUCCGUUCUCACCAUGGAUCCUGUACUUGCAAAUGCGGGCACAUCCAACACAGCGUUUCUGUGCACUGAGGAUGCAGGCGCAGGAACGUGCGGUGCAACGAAUGGGGCCUUCAUUGACAUGCCAGACUGUCUAGCAGGUGAUUAUGAUAAAAAUAACAACGGGUGCAGAAAGGAUGCCUAUAUCCAGCUCGUGCAUGGCCAGUGUACAUUGGACGGUACAUAUACUAUCUCAGACGUAGUAAUCGAUUGCUACAAGACAUUGGCAGAGACAGAUUGUCCGAUUAAUCAGCAAAACAGAGAUACUACCAUUGAGUUCACGCUGGCUUCUGACAACUUCUGUGCUGACAAUGCGGACCUGGUAACCAUCGAGAACGCAGUAACGGUCGACAGAUUCAUUUUCGUAGAUCCUGAGAAUCGUCUGCGAGGUGCACCCACGUGGACCGUAACUGAUCCCAUAACCAGUGUAGAAACGACGAAACCCGCUGGGGACACACCAAUUUCUGCUUUGGAAUAUGGAGAGUUCGCGUACGCUCGUGUGGACUUCAGUGGUCUGGAUGUGACCAAGGUUACUAUAGUGCAAAGUCAAGUGCGAGAGAGCGCCGGUCCGGGAGCCUGGAGCGACACAACUGCUGAUACAUCAGGUACCCUAGGCGAGAGUUACCCUCAGAUCACAGGAACAUUGACUCCUGGUACUGACUAUACUAGCACACGUGCUGACCCUGUUGUCUAUGAAGCAGGACUCACAUGCAACGAAUUAGGUCUAUGUGCCGCAGAUCAAACCUUCCUAGUCCAGUAUAUGAUCCAUCAAGAUUUACACGCGUUGUUUGCAAAUCCUGGGUUGGGCAAUAGUGCCGGCUUUGAUCUCCGCUUACUAGUUGACGUAUCCUAUGAGACUGAUAUGGCCAGUGCCACUCGUCGUCGUCGUCGACGCCAAGCAACGACAGAUACAGACAACACUGGAGUUCAGUCGGCCUCAGAUCCCGCUCAGAACGGACAGGGCCCGGCCAGUAUCCAGGCCAGCGGUGAUGUGAAGGG